AUGGCAAUGUUUUUCUUGUUUCUCUCUAUCUUUUUGUUUGUUUAUAUCUGGAGAUUCAUCAUACGAAGCCGUCAUAUUUCUCCAUCCCCAUCUACUCCUUCCACCUUAACCACCGCCCAACCACAAGUAAUUAAAUAUGAUGUCUUCCUUAGUUUCAGGGGAGAAGACACUCGUUUUGAUUUUACCAGCCACCUCUAUGCUGCUUUGAAACGGAAACAAAUCCUAACUUUCAUAGAUUAUCAGCUUGUGAGAGGAGAUGAGAUUUCGGCAUCACUUCUGAGAACAGUUGAAGAGGCCAAGCUUUCUGUGAUUGUUUUUUCUGAAAACUAUGCAUCUUCCAAAUGGUGCUUGGAGGAGCUUGCAAAGAUUUUUGAACGUAGAAAAAAUAAUGGACAGAUAGUUAUUCCGGUAUUCUACCAGGUGGAUCCAUCCCAUGUAAGAAAUCAAACAGGAAGCUUUGGGGAUGCAUUGGCUAGAUUGAUAAAGGAGAAAGCUUUGACGAUGGACACAGAGCAGAGCUUCGGAGACGCUUUGACGGAUGCAGCCAAUCUAUCUGGAUGGCGCUUAGGGAAUUCUGAGCUGGAGGCUGAAUUUAUUGAGAAAAUCGUUGGAGAUGUUUUGGAAAAAUUGCAUGCCAUGUCUUCAAGUCACACUAUGGCGGGUCUAUUUGGAAUUGGUGUUCGUGUUAGCGAAGUUGAGUCUUUGUUAAAUAUGGAAUCUCCAGAUGUUCUCAUUGUAGGCAUAUGGGGAAUGGGUGGUAUCGGUAAGACAACGAUUGCUAAAGCUGUGUACGACAACGUUCGUUCUCGAUUUCAAGGAAUCUUUUUUGCAAACUUUAGGCAACAAUCUGAUUUGCAAAGAAGCUUUCUUUCACAGCUGCUUGGCCAAGAAAUUCUGAACAGGGGCCUCUUGAGUUUUCAAGAUAUUUUUGUGAGGAAUAGACUUUGUCGCAAAAAGGUUUUUAUUGUUAUGGAUGAUGUGGAUAAUUCAAUGGCUUUGGAAGAAUGGAGAGAUUUGCUUGAUGGACGAAACAGUUCAUUUGGCCCGGGCAGUAAAGUUCUCAUAACAAGUAGGGACAAGCAAGUGCUUAAUAAUGUAGUUGAUGAGACAUACGAGGUUGAGGGGUUGAACUAUGAAGAAGCUAUUCAACUCUUUAGCUUGAAAGCCUUGAAGAAUUGCUUCCCCACAAUUGAUCAAAGAGACUUGAUAAAACAGAUUGCAAGGCAUGUACAAGGCAAUCCGUUGGCCCUUAAAGUUUUGGGUUCCUCUUUCUAUGGUAAAAGCAUAGAAGAAUGGCGCAGUGCAUUGAAUAAACUAGCUCAGGACCCCCAAAUCGAAAAGGCGUUGAGAAUUAGUUAUGAUGGGUUGGAUUCAGAACAGAAAUCCAUAUUUCUUGACAUAGCACAUUUCUUGAGAAGAUGGAAGAAAAACCAAGCAAUAAGAAUAUUAGAUUGCUUUUAUGGUCGGUCUGUGACGUUCGAUAUAAGCACGCUCAUUGAUAAGUGUCUCAUAACUACUGAUAACAGUGUUGAUGGCUAUGAAAGGCUAGAAAUGCAUGAUUUACUACGAGAAAUGGCAUUUAACAUUGUUCGUGCGGAAUACAAGUUUCCUGGCAAACGUAGCAGGUUGUGUCAUCCUCCUGAUGUCGUUCAAGUAUUGGAGGAAAAUAAGGGAACUGAAGAAAUUGAAGGCAUAUCUUUGGACAUGUCCAAGUUAUCAAGACAGAUACACUUGAAAUCUGAUGCCUUUGAAAUGAUGGAUGGUCUUCGAUUUCUCAAUUUCUAUGGUCGUCCUUACUCCCAAGAUGAUAAAAUGCACCUUCCUCCUACUGGCCUCGAAUAUCUUCCUAAUAAGCUGAGAUAUUUGAGAUGGGAUGGAUUCCCUUCGAAAUCCUUGCCGCUAGCUUUUCGUGCUGAACACCUUGUCGAGCUUCACCUACGCGAAAGCAAGCUUGUAAAACUUUGGACAGGAGUAAAGGAUGUUGGAAAUUUAAGAACAAUCGACCUAUCUAAAUCUUCAUAUUUGACGGAAUUGCCAGAUCUAUCAAUGGCCAAAAAUUUAGUGUCCUUAAGACUUAAGGACUGUCCAAGUUUAACCGAGGUUCCGUCAUCUCUUCAAUAUCUUGACAAGCUGGAAUAUAUUAAUCUCCGUUGUUGCUAUAAUCUUAGAAGUUUUCCAAUGCUUUAUUCAAAGGUUCUCAGAAAACUUUCUAUAUAUCAGUGCCUAGAUUUGACCACGUGUCCAACGAUUUCACAAAAUAUGAAAAGCUUACGUUUGUGGGGAACUUCAAUCAAGGAAGUUCCACAAUCAAUUACUGGCAAGUUGAAAGUCCUUGAUCUAUGGGGUUGCUCAAAGAUGACCAAGUUUCCAGAGGUUUCAGGGGAUAUAGAAGAAUUAUGGCUAAGCGAAACUGCUAUUCAAGAGGUGCCCUCAUCAAUCCAGUUUCUCACAAGACUCCGCGAAUUGGAAAUGAAUGGUUGCUCAAAACUUGAGAGCCUCCCAGAAAUCACAGUGCCUAUGGAAUCUUUGGAGUAUCUUGGCUUGAGUGAAACAGGCAUUAAAGAGCUACCCUCAUCAAUCCAGUCUCUCACAAGACUCCGUGAUUUGGAUAUGAGUGGUUGCUCAAAACUUGAAAGCCUGCCAGAAAUCACAGUGCCUAUGGAAUCUUUGGUGGAGCUUAACUUGAGUAAAACGGGCAUUAAAGAGCUACCUUCGAUAUCAUUUAAGCAUAUGACAUCUUUGAAGAUUCUAAAAUUAGAUGGAACGCCACUUAAAGAGCUACCGUCAUCAAUCCAGUUUCUCACAAGACUCCAAUCGUUGGAUAUGAGUGGUUGCUCAAAACUUGAGAGCUUCCCACAAAUCACAGUGCCUAUGGAAUCUUUGGUGGAGCUUAACUUGAGUAAAACGGGCAUUAAAGAGAUACCUUCGAUAUCAUUUAAGCAUAUGACAUCUUUGAAGAUUCUAAAAUUAGAUGGAACGCCACUUAAAGAGCUACCCUCAUCAAUCCAGUUUCUCACAAGACUCGAAAUGUUGGAUAUGAGUGGUUGCUCAAAACUUGAGAGCUUCCCAGAAAUCACAGUGCCUAUGGAAUCUUUGAGGUAUCUUUUCUUGAGUAAAACAGGCAUUAAAGAGAUACCUUCGAUAUCAUUUAAGCAUAUGACAUCUUUGAAUACACUAAAUUUAGAUGGAACGCCACUUAAAGAGCUACCCUCAUCAAUUCAGUUUCUCACAAGACUCUACGAGUUGAAUUUGAGUGGUUGCUCAAAACUUGAGAGCUUCCCAGAAAUCACAGUGCCUAUGAAAUCUUUGGAGGUUCUUAACUUGAGUAAGACCGGCAUUAAAGAGAUACCCUCAUCAUUAAUUAAGCAUCUGAUAUCUUUGAGGUGUCUAAAUUUAGAUGGAACGCCUAUUAAAGCGUUACCUGAGCUUCCCUCUUUGCUGAGGAAGCUAACAACACGUGACUGUGCAUCACUAGAAACCACGAUAUCAAUCAUAAAUUUCAGCAGCUUAUGGUUUGGAUUGGAUUUUACAAAUUGCUUCAAAUUGGAUCAGAAACCGCUGGUAGCAGUAAUGCAUUUGAAAAUUCAGUCCGGAGAGGAGAUCCCAGAUGGCAGUAUUCAAAUGGUUCUACCGGGGAGUGAAAUUCCAGAAUGGUUCGGUGACAAAGGAGUUGGAUCUUCACUCACCAUACAGUUGCCCUCAAAUUGUCAUCAGCUCAAGGGAAUUGCUUUCUGCCUUGUCUUUCUACUCCCUCUUCCCUCCCAGGACAUGCUUUAUGAAUUCGAUGAUCAUCCUGAAGUUCGCGUAUAUUUUGAUUGCCAUGUUAAGAGUAAAAAGGGUGAGCAUGAUGGUGAUGAUGAAGAAGUCUUCGUUUCCAAGAAAAGCUAUAGUAUAUUCAAUUUCUUGAAGACAUGUGACUCAGAUCACAUGUUUCUACACUAUGAGCUCGAAUUAGUAAAUCAUUUCCGUAAAUAUUCUGGCAAUGAAGUUACAUGUAAAUUCUACCAUGAAGUGGACAACGGGAGUACGAAAGUAGGUCAUGAGAUUCGAAAGCCUUGCGAGUUGAAAAGCUGUGGUGUAUAUCUGCACUUUGAUGAAAAUCUACAGGCCGGCACUUUGUUAAGGAUCUUCCUUAACAAACAAAAGUUUAGAAGAAAAUUGAGGGAGAAAUAGAAGAAAUUGAAAAGGAGAGAGAGAGAGAGAGAGAGUUCUGCAAUUACUGCAAAUUGUUCGUCAAGUAGUUUUCAAGAUACCUAUACUAGCUGCUUCUUCUGGUACUACUAACUUGCUGCUGUUGUAAUUCUUCUCUAUGACUAACUAACUUUGACCUUACCCUGCAAUUUGUAAUACACUUAUGAUGAGGAUUUGAAGCAAGUAGUUCUGAGAAGGAUUCAAUUUA